AUGUCUCACGUUCUCGAUGAUCCAGACAUGCAAAAGAAAAUUGAAGAGUUCAGACGUGUUUCGAGUAUGAAAAAAGAUUUCAACAUCAUUCAGAGCCAAGUAGACACAUACUUACUGCCUGGCUUUGUUAUUCAACCCCGAAAGCAAACAUCCAUACUCCGCGAACAACAGAGGCUUCUCGGGUGUGCAGGUGUGGUCGAGGCCGGUGCAGACAACCCAGCUGAUGCCCCUCCACGUUCGGUGAUAGACUGCCCGAUCCAAACUCCGCUGUCGUAUAGUGACAUCUGCAAAUUUCCAAAACAGAUUCGGGUUGGUGAUCAGAUGGUGAACUUCUAUGACUAUGUCACCAGCUCAGAGUUCGAUCGAUUAUUGCUUAUUGGUGUCACAAAAGCCAUGCGCUUCGCUCAGUCUCCCUUCAAAGGCGGCUUUAUAUGUGACGAUACUGGGACGGGCAAGUCAUUGACUGCACUGUUGACUGCACUUAAGCUGCAAGAGCAACAACGUCCAAGAUGUGGCUUUAUUCUGGUUGUGUGCCCCCCCGGCUGCGAGACGCAAUGGGCAACUGAGAUUAAGAAACAUUUCAAACCGGAAAACCGACCUUCUUACAUCAUAUUACGACAUGCAACAUACCCAGUUCAAAAACUUCUCGAAUAUGAUGUCGUCAUCUGCACCGCUCAGUUCGUACAGGCAUGCUAUUAUGACGUUCUGCCAUAUCUGCAUCGCCAGUUACGUUACCAUUUCGCGCUUCUGCUUUCGGCCACGCCAAUGUGUGAUAACUGGACCGAUGUGCCAAAGCAGAUGGGACUUCUCCCUGGUGGCGGUCCAUUUCUCAACGAACAACACAUGAAUCUAGUUCUCGGCACAGGCACUCCGGGUGAGGCUAAUUUUCAAAAGAAGAUUUUCGAAAGAUUUUCCCCUGCUUUAACCGUUGGUCGCCCAAAGAAGGUUCACGAGAGACGACUGAAAAGGGCGAUAGCCCGCCUGGACCAGACCAAAGAUACUGCGUGCAGCAUAAACAAUGCCGGUAAUGCUGACUUGUUUUAUGACGCCGAUGAUGAAUGGGAAGAAGAAACAUACGACUAG